AUGUCAUGUAUUUCUAAAGUAACAUCUUGGUGGUCUAAUCUAAAGUCUGAAAUUUUGUUCCAAAAUUUCGCUCUCUCUCUCUCUCUCUCUCUCUCUCUCUCUCUCUCUCUCUCUCGCGCGCGCAGGCGCGCGCUGUCUGCAUUGUUGGCGGCCAUUUUUAUGAUUGCCGACGUUGAGAAGCUGGGUGAUCUCGACACCCCACCCGUUGCAAGCCUAGUCGGCGAAGUUUCUCUGAGCGUCGCUCAGGAACAAUCCACCUACUUUGCUCAACUUGAAUCCUCCUCUUGGAUUUGUCCUGCUUUAUCUCACAGUCCUUCACUCCUGCGCCCGCCAGAACCCUCUUUCAAGCGACGUAUUCUUCUCUCUGAAACCAUGAUGUUUGCCCUACAGUUUGCCUCUUCGACGCUCAAGGUCGACGCUGUCCGUGUCACGCGCCGGUCAAAGGGUACUAACCGCCUGGCCUUUGCCACCCGCACAGAGGGUAACAAAGGGGACCGGCGCAUGUCCACAGUUCUUGCCAAUGGCGUCCUGAAGCUCAGAGACGCUGUCGUCGGUGAAAGGGUCGAUGUUCUACAGAACCUCACCCAGCACCUGACACGCAAGGACGCCGGUGCUCACUGGCCCAUUGACCUUGAUUUCACCUCCCAAUCCGACUCUCAACUGGAGCUGAAUCUUGGGCCCCACACCCGACGACAUCUGGCCACAGACACGGCCCAUGCCCGCUUUUACAAGUACAGUGGCAUGCAACCUGACAUUCGCAAAGAUCAGGUCAAGGUGGCGCAUGCCAUCAUGCAGCACGAAGAUGUCUUUAUGCACUAUGGCAUCCAGCCUCCCACUCUGGCUGAGCUGUAUCUCGGUGUCGUCACCCCGGACCCUGGUCUGAAGACGAACCUUCUGGCUGAAGCUUAUCUUAUGAUGCUCUACUUUGUUACGGCAGUCACCCUCGCGUCGAGGGUCCGUGUUCCAGCCACAUUUUGCUUGGAGGGGCAAGCGCAAAGACCGGGUUUGGAACGCCUCUGUGCCUUUGGGCCGGUCGAAGGCGCUGAAAAGGUCUUGGAUCUGCAAGACAACGACACGGCGAAAAGUGCGCUGGCGCGUUUGAGCUCGCACAUUGCGAUACGCACCCAUGUCAAAGGACAAGUCAAGUUUGCUGGAGCUUCGACUGUUUGA